GUCGCAGCAGGGAGCGGCUGUGCGUUAAUCUUUAACAUCUACAUUAUAAAGUCAUAUGAAGUUUGUACUGCAAGGCUUUAUUGGAGGGUGUCACACAGAGGACUGAUGAAGAACCAGAGGAUUUAAUCCCAUUCUGAUCAGCAGAAAACAGCUCUUCUAUACAGACCGAGUCAAGAUGUUUAUAAUGAGGCUGGAGACAUUUACGAGAAGAAACUGAAAAACAGAUUCCUUUUGAGACAUAAAGAGUGAUAAUGAACCCGUCUGUCUUCUUCGGGUGACUGCAGGAUAGCACCAACAUGAGAAGGAACCAUCAGAAACCAGAUUCCCAUCAACCUGGACUUAAACCUGUAGCUGUACCUCCACAUGGACCUGGACCUGGACCUGGACCUGCACCUGGAAAGAGCCAUGUGUCCCCCAAGGCUGACCAGCCACAGGAACAUGAGGAAAGUUUUAAGAGAAAAGAUGUAUCUGCUGCAAAUUCCCAGCAGCAGAGGGAAACCUCGCCUGUCCCCAGCUGUGUGUCCAUGAAGAGUGACUGCUCUAACCCUCGUCUGGUUAACUUCAAAGAUAGACUCCGUUGUUUUGAACCAGUUUCCCAGCAGAGUAAAAAGUCACCUGUCCCCAGCUGUGUGUCCAUGAAGAGUGACUGCUCUAACCCUCGUCUGGUUAACUUCAAAGAUAAACUCCGUUCUGAUGAACCAGUUUCCCAGCAGCAGAGUAAAACGUCACCUGUACCCAGCUGUGUGUCCAUGAAGAGUGACUGCUCUAACCCUCGUCUGGUUAACUUCAAAGAUAAACUCCGUUCUGAUGAACCAGUUUCCCAGCAGCAGAGUAAAACGUCACCUGUACCCAGCUGUGUGUCCAUGAAGAGUGACUGCUCUAACCCUCGACUGGUUAACUUCAAAGAUAGACUCUGUUGUUUUGAACCAGUAUUGAACCAGAAAAGCUCAGACGUUCCCAGUGGUCAUUCUGCCAAGCAUCCAAAACAACUGGACUCUAUAUUUAUGCUGCUGGAGGAGAAUGUCGUCACUUUUGUGAAGAAAGAGCUUAAGAAGACCUGGCAGGCUCUGAGUUCAGAUCACCCAGAAAGUUUAGAGAGUCAGAGUGAGGACGAGGAGCUGUGGGACAGUGAGGAUGAAGAGCAGAGGAGGAGCCGCAGAGAGACAUUUCUGAUGAUCACUCUGCAUUUCUUAAAGAGAAUGAAGCAGGAGAAGCUGGCUGACUCUUUGCAAAGCAGAAGUCUUUCUGGAGUUUGUCAGCGUAAACUUAAAUCCAACCUGCAGAAGAAGUUCCAGUGUGUGUUUGAGGGCAUUGCUAAAGCAGGAAGCCCAACCCUUCUGAAUCAGAUCUACACAGAGCUGUACAUCACAGAGGGGGGGACUGCAGAGGUCAAUGAUGAACAUGAGGUCAGACAGAUUGAAACAGCAUCCAGGAAACCAGUCAGACCAGAACGAAUAGUCAAACAAGAAGAUAUCUUCAAACCCUCACCUGGAAGAGUUGCACCAAUCAGAACAGUGAUGACAAAGGGAGUGGCUGGCAUUGGGAAAACAGUCUUAACACAGAAGUUCACUCUGGACUGGGCUGAAGGCAAAGCCAACCAGAACAUAAAGUUCACAUUUCUGUUCACUUUCAGAGAGCUGAAUGUGCUGAAAGAGGAAAAGUACAGCUUGGUGGGACUUGUUAAUCACUUCUUUACCGAAACCAAAGACGCAGGAAUCUGCAGGUUACAACUGUUCCCGGUUGUGUUCAUCUUUGAUGGUCUGGACGAAUGUCGACUUCCUCUGGACUUCCACAAGAAUCAGAUCCUAACUGAUGUCACAGAGCCCACCUCAGUGGAUGUGCUGCUGACAAACCUCAUCAGGGGGAAUCUGCUUCCCUCUGCUCACCUCUGGAUAACCACACGACCUGCAGCAGCCAAUCAGAUCCCUCCUGAGUGUGUGGACAUGGUGACAGAGGUCCGAGGGUUCACUGACCCACAGAAGGAGGAGUACUUCAGUAAGAGAUUCACAGAUAAGGAGCAGGCAGCAACAAUCAUCUCCCACAUCAAGACCUCUCGAAGCCUCCACAUCAUGUGCCACAUCCCAGUCUUCUGCUGGAUCUCUGCUACAGUUCUGGAGGAGGUGUUGAAAACCAAAGAGGGACGAGAACUGCCCAAGACCCUAACAGAGAUGUACAUCCACUUCCUGGUGGUUCAGGCCAAAGUAAAGAACAUCAAGUAUGAUGGAGGAGCUGAGACAGAUCUAUAUUGGAGUCCAAAGAGCAGGAAAAUGAUCGAGUCCCUGGGAAAACUGGCUUUUGAGAAGUUGCAGGAAGGCAAGCUGAUCUUCUAUGAGUCUGAUCUGACAGAAUGUGGCAUCGAUAUCAGAGCAGCCUCAGUGUACUCAGGGGUGUUCACACAGGUCUUUAAAGAGGAGAGAGGACUGUGCCAGGACAAGGUGUUCUGCUUCGUACACCUGAGCGUUCAAGAGUUUCUGGCUGCUCUUCAUGUCCAUUUGACAUUCAUCAACUCUCAUGUCAACCUAAUGGCAGAAGAUCAAACAACUUCACAGAAUUCUGAAGUAAGACCUAGUAUAACACACCUUUACCAGAGCGCUGUGGACAAGGCCUUACAGAGUCCAAAUGGACACCUGGACUUGUUCCUCCGGUUCCUCCUAGGUCUUUCAUUGCAGACCAAUCAGACCAUCCUAGUAGACCUUCUGAAACAGACAGAAAGUAGCUUAGAGACCAAUCAAAAAACAGUCAAGUACAUCAAGAAGAAGAUAGAUGAGGAUCUGUCUCCAGAGAGAAGCAUCAAUCUCUUGCACUGUCUGAAUGAACUGAAUGACUGUUCUCUAGUGGAGCAGAUCCAACAGUUAGUGAGUUCAGGACCUUUCUCCAGAAAACAAUUCUCCCCUGCUCUGUGGUCAACUCUGGUGUACAUCUUACUUUCAUCAGACAAAGAUCUGGACGUGUUUGACCUGCAGAAAUACUCUGCCUUAGAGGAAGCUCUUCUGAAGCUGCUGCCAGUAAUCAAAGCCUCCAACAAAGCUCUACUGAAUGGCUGUGACCUCUCAAUGAGAUGCUGUGGAGCUCUGUCCUCAGUUCUCAGCUCACAGUCCUCUAGUCUGAGAGACCUGGACCUGAGUAACAACAAACUGCAGGAUUCAGGAGUGACGUUGCUGUCUGCUGGACUGCAGAGCCCCAACUGUGUUCUGGAAACUCUCAGACUGACUGUGUGUGACCUCUCAGAGAAGAGCUGUGAAGCUCUGUCCUCAGUUCUCAGCUCCCAGUCCUCUAGUCUGAGAGACGUGGACCUGAGUAACAAUGACCUGCAGGAUUCAGGAGUGAAGUGGCUGUCUGCUGGACUGGAGAGUCCACACUGUAUACUGGAAACGCUCAGGUUGUCAGGUUGUAUGGUCACAGAGGAAGGCUGUGCUUCUCUGGCUUCAGCUCUGAGCUCCAACCCCUCCCAUCUGAGAGAGCUGGACCUGAGCUACAAUCAUCCCGGAGAGUCAGGAGUGAAGCUGCUGAGUGCUGGACUGGAGGAUCCAAACUGGAGACUGGACACUCUGAGGGUCGUGCCUGGUGGAGUCCAAUGGUUGAGGAAAGGUCUGAGGAAGUAUUCCUGUGAACUCACAAUCGACACAAACACAGUACAAAGAAACCUCAAACUGUCAAAGAACAACAGGAAGUUGACCCACAUGACAGACGAGGAGUCAUAUCCUUAUCAUCCAGACAGAUUUGAUUUCUGGCCUCAGGUCAUGUGCACAAACGAUCUGAGUGGUCGCUGCUACUGGGAGGUCGAGUUGAGAGGAGGGGCUUCUAUAUCAGUGAGUUACAGAGGAAUCAGCAGAACAGGAGAUGGGGAUAAAUGCAGGUUUGGAGAGAAUGAUCAGUCCUGGAGUCUGGACUGCUUUGAUUGUCAUCCUUACACUGUCCAUCACAAUAAGAAAUACACGAUCUCUCCCGCAAUAUUCUACGAGUCUUACCCAUUCAGAGUUCACAGCGAAAACAUCAAUGCCUCCUUCCCCUCACCCUCAUUUAUUUCUGACAGAGUAGCUGUGUAUUUGGAUUAUCCUGCAGGCUCUCUGUCCUUCUACAACCUCUCCUAUGGCACCCUGUACCACAUCCACACCUUCAGCACCACAUUCACUGAACCUCUUCAUCCUGGGUUCACAGUUUUGUCUGGUUCCUCAGUGUCUCUCUGUUCUCUGCAGGAUGGGGAGUAAAUUAGCAGACCAUGCAGUGUCUUUUGUCAGGAUUCAGAGGACAGUAGGGAAGACACUCAUCUCUAGCGGCUUUAUGAUAACGUGCCCAGAUGGGUAAGGGCAUCGUGCAGGAAGUCAGUUCUGGCGUCACCACUUGAUCGGUAAGAGUGUCCUUGGUGGGAAUGGAUGAGCAAAAAUCACUCCUCCUGUGGUAGUGAUUCUGGUACAACAACUUAAGUGGGCUUUUUGAAAGACGCUCUCUUGAACUCCAUGAUCAUAGUAGCCAGUCCUGAGUCUAUGAGUCCCUUUAGUGAGUCCCAGAUGGUUGUAUCCGAUCACUGUUUCUAAUUGAUGAAGUUCUUCAGGCGUCCACCGGUUUGCUGAUGAACCUCAGAAAAUAUUGCAGUGUCCAAGUGUACUUCACUCUUGUCAACAUAGCCUCGUGUUUGUUUAUAUUUUAGGUUGAGGAAAUCGAUGGCCAUGUCUGACUUCCCAAAAUGGGGGUUGUUGUCAUCCUUAAACAGUAGAUCAAAGUCCUAUCCCUUCUAGUUGGACUUGGGUCCAUUAAAGUUAGGUAUUGCUAUGAAGCCAUGAAGAGUGAUUGUGUAUUUACUUAAAAGCUCCUGCAGUCUUGGCCAUGGAUUGUUGAUGGAAUAUCAUCAGCCGUAAUGAUCACCAGGAUAGAUUCACGUUGUAGAUAGAAGAGGCGACAUUUGAUCAUCACGUAUUCCAGGUUGGGCGAGCAUGAGCUAACAGGACUGGUUACGAAGCAACCCUAACCCUACUCCACCACCCUUCUAUUCAUCGGACUCCUUAAUAAUGUGUUGGUGGGUUCAGAGUAAUCCCAUUCCCAUUUGAGCAUCUUCUCUAUGUUCUCUUUCUUUGUGUUGGGUUGCUGCUUCCUUUGUUUUGACCCUCUUUGCUUGCCAUGGGCUGAUUCAGAACAUAUAUACAGUGAGUAUCUUUAGUCUGUUGUGUAUACAUGUCUGGCGGUCAUAGGGAGAGUUAACCCGGGAUGGUCCGUUUGUGUAUCCGUAGUUUACAAAUCUGUUUAAGUGGGAGCACACCUUUGUAUAGCAGUAUAUUCAAAUGUAAACAUAUUGUCUUCCACAAGAAGAAACUGAUGAAUGUGAUUCCGUUUCAUAUUAUGUCGUUAUAAGAGAUCAAUGUUGGAAAAAAAUGCUUCUCUGUUUUUACGCAGAAAUGCAGCAAACAUGUAGAAAAAACUAAACAAAUA